AUGGCUACAAAGUUUGGUUUAUCUGUUUUGUUCAUAAGCUUUUGCUCAUUGUUUUCACCAACAUUGUCAUCUAUCACCUCUAAUGAGAUAGAUUCAUGGUGCAACAAAACCCCACACCCUGAACCAUGCAAAUACUCCAUGAAGCAAAACCCAAACCCCUUUAUACCUAACCAAGAAUUUGAGUCUCGUAAAGUGGCAAUCGAAUUAGCCUUGAAAAGUGCUCUCACUGCUCAAAAUCACCACCAGCGGCUAUGGCCAACAUUACGCAAUGAGAAAGAAAAGAAUGCAUGGAAACAAUGCUUAAACUUCUACAACAAGACCAUUGAUGAACUCAUCCUCGCCCUUGACUCUAACUUAAAAUCCACCAAUUUUGAUACCCAAACUUGGCUUAGCGCUGCGUCAACCUAUCUUGAAAGUUGUAAAGACACAAUCAAUGAUCUAGGGGUUUCAGACUCUAUGUUACCUCUCAUGAUGUCUAACAAUGUUUCGAAGCUAAUAACCAACUCUUUGGCUCUACAUAACAAAGCCUCAUCAGUUUUCCCUCAAACUUAUCAAGAUGAUUUUCCUACCUGGGUUAAAGCAUCUGAUAGAAAGCUCUUGCAGGAACCUUCACCAUCUCCAGAUCUUUUGGUGGCUCAAGAUGGAUCAGGUGAUUACAGUAACAUAAAGGCGGCACUUGAAGCCGCAGAAAAGAGUAGUGGGAAUGGGAGGUUUGUUAUAUAUAUUAAGAGUGGGGUGUAUAAAGAGUAUCUUGAAAUUGGUAAGAAACUAGAGAAUAUUAUGCUUGUUGGUGAUGGAAUGACAAAAACCAUUAUCACUGGGAACAAGAGAAGCGGUGGAGGUGUUGACACAUUUCACACUGCAACUGUUGGGGUCGAUGGUCACGGAUUCAUUGCUCGGGACAUCACAUUCCAAAACACAGCUGGUCCACAAAACCAUCAAGCUGUAGCCCUUCGAUCAAGUUCCGAUUACUCUGUCUUCUACCGUUGUGGUUUUGAAGGGUAUCAAGACACCUUAUAUGUCCACAGUAAAAGACAGUUCUAUAGGGAAUGCUCUAUCUAUGGUACAAUAGACUUCAUUUUUGGAGAUGCAGCUGUUGUCUUACAAAAUUGCAUGAUAUAUGUAAGAAGGCCAAUUGGUGGCCAAAACAACGUUAUAACAGCCCAAGGCAGGUCUUGCCCUUAUACUAACACAGGGAUUGUAAUCCAUAAUUCACAAGUAUUUGCUGCAGAAGACCUUGGCUCAUCAAAAACAUACUUAGGAAGGCCAUGGAGGAAAUACUCGCGUACAGUUUUUCUCUCAACUUAUCUUGAUUCUUUGGUGGAUCCGGCAGGAUGGCUAGAGUGGAAUGGUAGUUUUGCCCUAAACACUUUGUAUUAUGGAGAGUACAAGAACACCGGACCUGGAGCUUCGACUAGUGGAAGAGUUAAGUGGCCUGGUUACAAGGUUAUAACUAGUGCAGAAGAAGCAUCAGAAUUCACAGUCGCAAACUUCAUAGGUGGCCGUUCAUGGUUGCCAGCUACUGGUGUGCAAUUUGCUGCCGGACUUUGA